CCAUACUCCAGGCUGUCAGUCUUUGCAUUCUCUCUCUCUCUCUCUCUCUCUCUCGCUCUCAAAAAGGCAAUUGAAGUGAGAAAAUUUUUGGAAUCCGUUGAAGUAUUGUAUACAGUGUUGAACUUAUUCGAGGGAAUCUGUGUUCAGCGAAUUGCUUGUGAGCUAAAAAUGGCGAAAUUGUACACAUUUGAGGAGGUUUCCAAGCACAGAAGUAUCAAGGAUUGCUGGCUUGUAAUCGAGGGAAAGGUAUAUGAUGUAUCCCCAUUCAUGGAUGAUCAUCCCGGAGGUGAUGAAGUUUUGCUAUCAUCAAGUGGAAAAGAUGCAACGGCCGACUUUGAAGAUAUUGGCCACAGUGAUUCUGCUAAAGAGAUGAUGGACAAAUAUUUGAUUGGGACGGUAGACAUGUUGACAGUUCCCAAGAAACGCGCUUUUGUUCCUCCACAAGAAGUCGUGUCCAAGGCAAACAAGGGUCCGGAUUUCACGAUCAGGAUUUUGCAGUUCUUUGUUCCUCUCUUGAUUUUAGGGCUGACCUUCGUCGUCCGAAGCUACACCAAGGAGAAAUGUUAA